CCCAGAUGUCAGGGAGGCUGAAACUUGGACUCUCUGGAGGAAACGUUGCAGACGAGGAAAAGCAGCUGAAGGAGCAGCUCUGGUAAAUAGGCAGGAUCUUCUGCCUUUUGGAAAAUGCAUUUACCACACUCCUUGGCAAGCCCUUCAGAAGGAACAGAAUGUGUUAGCUCCCAGAGAUGAACACAUCCUCUCAAUUCAAUGUUUCUGAACUAAACCUGAGUGCCUUCGGUAGCAACUUUACUGUGCCUACUGCAAAGAGCAAGUCAUCGCCAUGUGAGCAAGUGGUCAUCUCAGCUGAGGUGUUCCUAACUCUGGGCAUUGUAAGCCUCCUUGAAAACAUACUAGUUAUAUGUGCAAUAGUUAAGAACAAGAACUUGCACUCACCCAUGUAUUUUUUUGUUUGCAGUUUAGCAGUGGCUGACAUGCUGGUUAGUGUCUCUAAUGCUUGGGAGACCAUAACCAUAUACUUGAUAAACAAUAGACACAUCAUCAUGGAAGAUGCCUUUGUCCGUCAUAUAGACAAUGUCUUUGAUUCCAUGAUCUGUAUAUCUGUGGUGGCUUCCAUGUGCAGUUUGCUGGCUAUAGCAGUAGACAGAUAUAUCACUAUCUUCUACGCCCUGCGUUAUCACAACAUCAUGACAGUGAAAAGGUCGGGGCUCAUUAUUGCAUGCAUCUGGACCUUUUGCACAGGCUGUGGCAUUAUCUUCAUUCUUUACUAUGAAUCAACUUACGUGGUCAUUUGUCUCAUCACUAUGUUUUUUACCAUGCUGUUCCUCAUGGUCUCACUGUACAUCCAUAUGUUCCUCCUGGCUCGUACUCAUGUGAAGAAAAUCGCUGCUUUGCCUGGGUACAACUCUGUCCGCCAAAGAACCAGCAUGAAAGGAGCCAUCACUCUGACUAUGCUUCUUGGCAUCUUCAUUGUUUGCUGGGCUCCAUUCUUCCUUCAUCUCAUCCUGAUGAUCUCCUGCCCUCAAAACCUCUACUGUGUUUGCUUCAUGUCUCACUUCAACAUGUACCUCAUCCUCAUUAUGUGCAACUCGGUGAUCGACCCCUUGAUCUACGCCUUUCGUAGCCAGGAAAUGAGGAAGACCUUCAAAGAGAUAAUUUGUUGCUAUAGCCUGAGAAUGCUCUGUGGGUUAUCAAACAAAUAUUAAGAUAACAAAACCAAACCAGGGAAGAGACUGGAAAGGCAACAUCUUCCUGCAUCCUGUAAUUCUGGUGAAAUGCCUAUGGAACAGUUUCUCCAUUCAGCUGUCAUGAUUCCCACAGCAAUCAGAAACCCUUUUUAAAUAUGUGAUUUUACAUUUCUUUCCCUCCACACACCUCUCUCAUGCUGGUGGUUGGAGCUACUCAGUCCAUCUGUAUUAUUGGGAUAAAGGAUAUUUUGAAUCUCAUUUACUCUAUUGAAGUUUGGGAUUUAUAAGAGGGUUAUACAGGGAAAACCUUAUUUUUAUUUCUGCUAAAUGCAAUGAGUGAGUU